AUGGCACAGCCCCACCGUCCUCGUCUCGACAGAGUCUGUGCUGCAGAGGUCGAGCACGCGGAUUCUUUCCGCCAGCGACAUGUAACGGAGCUCUUCCUCAUGCAAUUUAGCUCCAACGCAUGCCUUGCACCAUCCAACUUCCGUGGUAUCGUGCUCCUCGCCACAGCAGAAAGCCAGACUAGCGCGCACUCGCUACUACAUACGCCGCAUGGCUUCAAGGAUGCCGCUUCCAUUCCUCCGGCGGAAAGGGAGGCGCGGAAGGAGAUUCUCGCUAGUGUUGUGUCACGCCGGCUUGCCAUGGCCAAGGAACCACUGUCAUUUGUUGUCGACGAAUCCGACCCACCUGAGUACGCUCGACUUGCAGUAGGGAUGGAGGGCUAUUCUCCUGUAGACCUGCGCGACCUUGUCACAUGGACGGUACAGGUCGCCGUUGGGCGGGCGGUGUCAGAAGUGGGCGUGGGCGUUGAAAAAUCGGAUGUAGAGUGGGCUGACAUCGGCGGCUUGAGGGACAUCAAGCUCGCAUUGAGGGAAACCCUAGAGUGGCCGACGAAGUAUGCUCAAUUAUUCAAGCAGUCACCAUCGAGGUUGAGGUCUUGGCUACUCUUAUACGGCUAUCCUGGUUGCGGAAAAACGCUACUUGCGUCAGCCGUCGCGAAAGAGUGCGGGUUGAACUUCAUCAGCAUCAAGGGUUCAGAGCUGUUGAAUACAUAUAUCGGACAGAGUGAAAAAUCAGUGAGAGAUAUUUUCGAUCGUGCGUCGGCCGCAAAACCCUGUGUACUCUUUUUCGACCAAGGACACGACAGCACGGGCGUGACGGACCGUGUGGUAAAUCAGAUGCUAACCCAGAUGGAUGGGCUCGAUGGAGUCUAUGUCCUCGCUGCAACGAGUCGACCAGACCUCAUCGACUCCGCACUACUUCGUCCCGGUUGGCUUGAUAAAUCCUUGCUAUGCGACCUGCUUGGUAUCGAGGACCGAAAAGAGAUUUUGGUUGCAGUAUCCCGGAAGCUAACGCUUGCACCCUCUGUUGACUUUGAUCAACUUUCAAGUAUCACUGAGGGCUUCUCGGGUGUGGAUUUAGAUUUACAGGCUCUCGUGUACAACGCACAUCUGGAAGUAGUGCAUGCUGCUAUAGAUGCUGAGAAGGCAGAUGGUGGUGGUGGUGGUGAUGUCGAGGCGGGAGGUGGGCGUGGGGCUGACUGA